AUGAAAGACAUAAUCUGUUGAAAAUUAAAAAAUGUACAAUUUUCAUUCGUAGCAAACAUACUUACAAGCAGGAUAUUAACUACAAUUGUAUCUGACGACGACAAGAAGACCUUCAUCUAACGGCAACGGCCCGGGAGGACAAAUGUUCUAGCAUUAUGUUGAAGCUUACGGACUUGAAUACAGACUGCCUCUUGAAGAUAUUUCAAUAUUGCUCGGAGCGGGAGUUGGUUGCUCUAUGCCGGGCAAAUGUUUUUCUAUGCGGCAUUAUAGAGAGACACAUUUUCUAUGGCUUGACGCAGGAUCUGAUAAUGUGUGGUCAUCGGAAUUCACCUAGCAUAGAGGAGAGAAACAAAACACAAUUGACCUACUGGGAGAGAUUGAAAGUGUCAAAGAAUUGGGUGAGCGGAACUUAUCAGGAACGCCCGUACUAUCAUCAUGCACAAAUGUUUCCGACCAAAUUGUGCCUGGAACGAGAUAACUUAUAUAUAACACAUACAAGAUAUUUAAGACGUUAUCGAAGAUCAAGCACCGAUGGUCUCCAGCGGCGUUACGAAGAGGAAAUCCGAGCACCCACCAACAGUGACAUUUCAGACUUUGUUAAGAAGGAUGACACUCUAUUUGCGGGUCGAGUGUGUGGCACAUGUUUUGUCUGGGAUCCCGAAGAAGGCAUCACGGAACAGAAAAUGCAUCAGGCUAGCGAAUAUUUGUAUUGUGUGGAUUUUGUCAAUGAACUUUAUACAACUAGCACAGAUAAAUGCUGCAAAGUGUGGCAUCGAUCGCAGGAGUUUGGCUUGACCCAUUUCGAUUUGGUCAUUCAGUUGCCACAACAUUCAUUCAAAUCACUUAAGCUCAGCUCAGAUGGACAAUGGCUCUAUGGUGGACUCUACACAGACAAAGAAAGGAGAGCUCUGCGUGCCAUACAUAUAGAAAGCGGCGAGGAAGUUGUAUUUAAUUCGAAUACCAUUUCCAUAUACGAUCUUAAAAUCAAAGAUGACAACAUUCUAUUCACUGCCAACUUUGAUACGACAUUUCGGCUAUUUGAUCGUCGUAUAGAUCGAGAUGUCGCCAUUUAUGAGGAUCCGUUUGACUCAUCCUUCUAUUGUCUGGAAUAUGAUGGAUUGUACGGUGUGCUCUGUGGCACCAAUCGUCAUGCCCGUGUCAAUCUUUACGACAUUCGUAUGCCCAAAUAUGUGCAGCUUUACUUUCCCGGCCGAACGCGCCAGCAUAAUAGUCGAUCGCCAGUUUAUAGUCUAGCCUGUGAUAGUCGCUAUAUGUUUGUGGCCACCGAUCAUAAUUUACGUGUGUUUGACUUUAAAACAAAUUGUGGAAUUCAAAGGGAUUAUGCCAACAUGUACGACCAAACCCAAAGAUACAUUAAAGUGUAAACAAAACUUGUACAAACCACCAAAUCGUCCUAAUAAAUUGAAUCUGUGAAAAAAAUA